GUCUCGUAAUUCAGCUCAUUGCCACGCUUCACAGGCAUGCAAUCACUCUGCAGAGGCAGCUUUCCUUUCUUACGGAGUAUAUUUUAUAAACCAAAGCAAAGACAACCAAAAAGAAGAGAAAUGUUGCAUUAAAAUAAGAACGGAGCCACGACUGCCUAAGCGCUUUUUUUCCUUGGGUUUUUUUAAAGCCUAUUUCACCUUAAAGAAUCUGAAAACCAGCCACAAGGGAAAAAGAUCUGUGAAUUUUUGUAGUGGAAAGCGGUAGCCUCUAGGGCCCAGAGGAUAUGCAGGGAGGCAUUUUCUCUUGCUGGUGCGGCUGAGAGCGAGCGAGCGAGCGAGCGAGACCUGGAAAUGAAAGUAAAGAGAUCAGGAGGCACAUGGAGGGAGCUGCAGGGGCAGCCGAUCCAGAAGCAGAAUGCUGCCUUCUAUAAUUAAAUAGCACUUACUAUUAUUAUUACUUCUAGUAAUAAUACAUUAAUAAUAUCUCUAGUAAUACAAUACCAUUUAUCAAGGAAAGUUUAUACGUAGUGUGGGGGGGAAAACCCGAGGAGAGCAACUAUAAUGGAGAGACAGAAGAGAAAACAAGAAAUAGAGAAAGGACUUCAGUUCAUUCAGUCCACAUUACCCCUAAGCCAAGAAGAUUAUGAGGCCUUUUUGCAGAAGCUGGUGAGAAACCUGUUUGCAGAGGGCAAUGAUUUGUUUCGAGAGAAGGAUUUCAAGCUUUCGCUGGUGCAGUAUGUAGAAGGACUGAACGUGGCAGAUUACGCAGCCUCCGAUGAGGUGACCAUCCCAAAGGAGCUCCUGUGCAAGCUACAUGUCAACCGAGCUGCCUGCUACUUUGCCAUGGGGUUGUAUGAGAAAGCACUGGAAGACAGCGAGAAGGCUUUAAGUCUUGACAAGGAGAACAUCCGAGCGCUCUUCCGGAAAGCCCGCUCCUUAAAUGAACUCGGAAGACACAAAGAAGCAUAUGAGUGCAAUAGCCGGUGCUUGCUCUCCCUCCCACAUGAUGAAAGCGUAACACAACUGGGUCAGGAGCUUGCCCAGAAGCUGGGACUGAGGGUUCGAAAAGCAUACAAAAGACCUCAGCAGGAAUUGGAAACCUUCUCGCUACUCAGUAACGGCACAUCGGUCAGUUUGUCAAACCAGACCACUUCCAAUGGACUGGGUUCAAUAGAUGACAUUGAAACAGACUGCUCUAUGGACCUGCAGUGCCUCCCGGCUCCUGUGGCCACCUCCAUCCCCGUGAGUGAGGGCCUGGCCCCUUUGCCUUCCGACUCAGAUGCGAAGGGCUUGCCUACCUCGCUCCCUGCUGCCAGCUUGCUCCCGUCUCCAGACUGCGUGUCCCUGCCAGCACCUGAGAGCGUGGAGGACUUCACAGAUGGGGACAUCAUUGGGGAAGAACUGGAUUCCCUCCUGGACUCCCUUGCUGAAGGGUCACCAUACCCUCUAUCUCUGGUCCAGGGCACCAUUCCUACCAAUCUGCCGACGGAGAUGCCCCAGCUGAUCCCGGUGUUUCCAGGGGGAACUCCGCUGCUGCCCCCAGUCGUGACAGCCAGCAUCCCCGUCUCCACCCCGCUGCCACCUGCCUCCUUCGGCCUGGUGAUGGAUCCCACCAAGCAGCUCUCCUCCUCCUCUGUCCUGGAUGCCUUUGAGGCCCCGCCAGGAGGAAGUGGCGGCUCCACCUUGGAUUCCCUGGAUUCCCUGGAUCUGCUUCCAUACACAGACUCCCGGCUCGAUACCCUGGACUCCUUUGGGACAAGCAGAGGGUCGCUGGAUGCCUUGGAUUCCUUUGCCAUUGAAGAAACUAGCCCUCAGGAACUGCGACACCCACCUGGCAGCCAAAAGCCAUCCCCCGUGGUGAGUGAGCCGCUCCCCCGUGCUGAUGUCCCAAGGUGCUCUGGAGCCAAGGUAGUGGGCCUUGGAGGAGUGAAUCACCCAACUGUGCCCAAGGGCACUGAGCACCUCGUGUCCCAGCCGGAACCAGUGAUGCCCAACACAGCCCUGCUGGUGAAGAACCCCCUGGCAUCUACUCACGUCUUCAAACAAGCCUGUCAUAUCUGCUACCCCAAAACAGGGCCCAAGGCUGGUGAUUACACCUAUCGGGAAGGCCUGGAACACAAGUGCAAGCGGGACAUCCUACUGGGCAGGCUGAAGAACUCCGAAGACAAGACCUGGAAGAGGAUCCGUCCUCGCCCAACCAAAACCAACUUUGUAGGAUCCUAUUACCUGUGCAAAGAUAUGCUUAACAAGCAGGACUGUAAGUACGGGGAUAACUGCACCUUCGCGUACCACCAGGAAGAGAUCGACGUGUGGACGGAGGAGAGGAAGGGGACCCUCAACCGUGACCUCCUCUUUGACCCGCUAGGUGGGAUCAAGCAGAGCAGCCUCACCAUUGCCAAGCUCCUCAAGGAACAUCAGGGCAUCUUCACCUUCCUCUGUGAGAUUUGCUUUGACAGCAAACCCCGGAUUAUCAGCAAAGGGACCAAGGACACACCAUCUGUCUGCUCCAACCUUUCUGCCAAACACAGUUUCCAUGACAACAAGUGUCUGGUCCACAUUGUGCGUUCCACCUCGCUGAAGUACUCCAAGAUCCGUCAGUUCCAGGAGCACUUCCAGUUCGACGUGUGCCGCCACGAGGUGCGCUACGGCUGCCUGCGCGAGGACAGCUGCCACUUCGCACACAGCUUCAUCGAGCUCAAGGUCUGGCUGCUCCAGCAGUAUUCAGGAAUGACCCACGAAGAUAUCGUGCAGGAAUCUAAGAAGUACUGGCAGCAGAUGGAGGCACAUGCCAGCAAACCAGCCAACAGCAUGGCUUCUCCCCGGGCUCCCACGUCAAGCGCCUUUGAUCUCCAGAUGAAAUUCGUGUGUGGCCAGUGCUGGAGGAACGGGCAGCUGGUGGAGCCAGACAAAGACCUCAAGUAUUGUAGUGCCAAAGCCCGACACUGUUGGACAAAGGAACGUCGUGUCCUGCUGGUGAUGUCCAAAGCAAAGAAGAAGUGGGUGUCUGUCCGACCACUGCCUUCCAUUCGCAACUUCCCACAGCAAUAUGACCUGUGUAUCCAUGCACAAAAUGGCAGGAAAUGCCAGUACGUGGGCAACUGCUCCUUCGCCCACAGCCCUGAGGAGAGAGACAUGUGGACCUUCAUGAAGGAAAACAAAAUACUAGAUAUGCAGCAGACCUAUGACAUGUGGCUGAAGAAACACAAUCCUGGGAAGCCUGGAGAGGGGACACCGCUCACCUCACGAGAAGGAGAGAAACAGAUCCAGAUGCCCACUGACUACGCUGACAUCAUGAUGGGCUACCACUGCUGGCUCUGCGGGAAGAACAGCAACAGCAAGAAGCAGUGGCAGCAGCACAUCCAGUCGGAGAAGCACAAGGAGAAGGUCUUCACCUCGGACAGUGACUCCAGCUGCUGGAGCUACCGCUUCCCCAUGGGUGAAUUCCGGCUCUGCGAAAGGUUCCAGAAGAGCAAGGCCUGUCCCGACGGGGAGGAGUGCCGCUGCGCCCACGGCCAGGACGAGCUCAACGAGUGGUUAGACCGGAGGGAGGUGCUGAAGCAGAAACUGGCCAAGGCCCGCAAGGACAUGCUGCUCUGCCCCAGGGACGACGACUUUGGGAAAUACAACUUCCUAUUGCGGGACGGCGUAUAGUGAGCGAGGGCCCCGCGGGGGGAGCCUGGCGGCUGGAGGGGCGCGGGGCGGGUUUCCCGAGAGGGGCGGCAGCGGGACAGCGGCGCCCGUGUCUCCCAAAGACAACUCUUCAUUUGCUUUCCUUUUUAAGAUGAUGAGACGAUGAUUUAGUAGUGGGGAAUGAAAUCAUGAAUUUGAUUCUUCUUGGCCAGCGAACGCUACGCUCACCGAGUUUGGGAUCCGUCUUCUCUCUCUCUUCCUUCCCCCAAAUUCUCCUUCCUCUCCAUCUCUUUGUUUUCACUGUCCUCCAUUCAAAGGAAUUAAUCCAGCCUGUAUCGGGCUGAGAAUCGGAGAAUUCCUCCUCUUGUUGUGUUUGGAGUGUGACUGCAGAGGUCUGGAGGAUGAAGCUGAAGGAAAAGGGACAGACACCUGGUGAAAAGGUGACCGUGAAGUUCAUGUGCUCCUUUUCUCAGUGCUGCAGAGCAAGCCCCAGUUACAGCUUGCUCUCCUGGGAGUUCAGUACCAGAACAAUUCGAAAUUGAGGUGUAAAAGAAGGAAAACCUCUAGAUCUGGCUUUAAACAGCUAGGCUUAAGCUCCUGCUGUCUGUAUUGCCCUGAGGCAUCAACUGUUGCUGAGGAGAGCAUCAGCCAUCUGGUAUAAAGAGUGUAGCUAAAAGCAGCAAAGUAAUCAAACUGCUUGCAGCAGCAGAAGCUGGAUUAUUGGUGAGUUCAGACUGUUUCAGCAGACUGUACUCAGAAAGCAAACUCCUCAUUAGAUGUCUUUCUCAGCGUGCAACAGGUAGUCAGGGUGCGUAGCUUUGGUUUGGUAUUUUUUCGGCUGGUGUGACUGGUGCAAGUAAGACUGAAGCACCUUUGGAGCGUCUUUCUUAUGAGGAAAGGCAGCAGGAUCUGGGACUGUUCAGCCUGGAGGAGACUGAGAGGGUAUCUCAUUAAUACUUCCAAGUAUUUAAAAGGUGGAUGUCAAGAGGAUGUGGCAACACUUUUUUUCUGUAGUGUCCAGUGAUAAGACCAGGGGCAAUGGACAAAAGCUGGAACGCAAAAAGUUCAACUUAAGGAAAAACUCCUUUGCUGCUCAGGUGAAGGAGCCCUGGCACAGGCUGCCCAGAGAGGGUGUGAAGUCUCCUGCUCUGGAAGUUUCCAAACCCACAUGGACACGUUCCUGUGUGACCUGAUAGAGGUGAACCUGCUUUAGUAGGGGGUUGCACGGGAUGAUCUUUAGAGGUCCCUUCCAACCCCUGCCAUUCUGUGAUUCUGCCAUCUGGAAAGGUGUCAGUGGUGACUGCAACACACUGUGUCACUGCAGUUGGGCAGUAUCAGUCAGGGGGAAGGCUGGAGCCAGAAGGAGCCUGUGCUUCUAUGUUGCCUUGUGUCCUUAAGACAGGGAGGGAGGUACUGGGGUUCCCCUCUUGCUCUUUUAAGUGGUGUGUGCUGCUGGGUAUCCAGCGCUGUGUUUGUCACUGCAGCACCAGAAGGAGCAGUUGGGGGCAACAGGGGUAAUGCUGGAGCAGUGGUGAGUAGCAGGGGCAAUGCUGGCACGGUGGGGAGUAGCAGGGGCAAUGCUGGAGCGGUGGGGAGCAGCAGGAGCGAUGCUGUGCCACUGGGACCAUGGCCAGAAGGAAGGAAGGGCGCUCCCCAGCACCGUGGCUCAGCCCCUCCUCCACGGUGCCAGCCCCAGCACCGUAGCUGCCAGCGAGCCCAAGCUCUGGGCCAGGGCCUUGGGCUUCUGUAGCAGUAGAGGAAAGAGGCAGUUCUGUGCUCUGUGCCAGCUGUGCCCUUGCUGGCGAUCUCAUCCUGCAGGCACCGAGCUUUUGUCCUGUCCCCAGCUUCCCACUUCUCUCUUCUGCAGCCAAGCUGUGCUCUGCAGGUUUGCGUGCACAGAUGGCACCAUCCACUCAAACACAAACACAGCUCCCUCCCAGCCCCCCAUCCUAAGGGAUGCCUCUUUCAGGCGAGUCUCCCAGGACAGCAAGCUCAGAGCUGAAUGUGCCCCUGAGCUUGCUUCCACUCUUUUAAAAUGCGGUCACUGGUUUGGUAUGAGCAUCCCUUCCUGGCUGGUACAGCAGCUUGAGAUGUGGCCUGGAAGGGGCCAGGGCUGUAACACCUGAUGAUAUACAGGUAAGCACUGGGAGGAGAGAGGAAGGAGGUGUCAUUUCCAUCUCUGCCCACACGUGGGGAGAAGGACGAGAUGAGGAAGGAUCCGUAGCGCUGUGGGGGAAGAGAGUGACCAAGGCGGUAUCGCGGGUGGCAGUUAUUGAGCUGUACAGUCUCCUCUGCCCUCAGCUGUACCUGUCCACAUGGUACCUUAUCCUGGUUCUCCUUGUGCUCAACUGGUUAACUUUAUAAUAAAAAGGGGGAGGAGGUAGGCGUGAGCUCCUGACUUAUCUUCUGCUCCCUCUGGGCAGAGAUGCCGAGUGAUCCAUCUGCAUCGGGGAACAUUGGAAUGCGGGUUUCGUUUUUCCAACCAACCUCCAUCUCUGGCGUGACUGUAGCAUUCGCUUGCGCUGGGAUUUCUCACCCAGGAGCAUGUUUGGGUUAUGGAGCAGGUCGCUGUCCCCUCUCCCCGUCUCUGGGAUGAGCUUCAGAGGCUGGGACUGGGGCCGAGGUGGGGAGGAGGUGAGCGUGCGUGAGGUGAGGGAGGCCCACGGUCACGGGGGGGUGGCGGCGAGGAUCUCUUUUUGUUUUCCCUGAUAUGAUAACCUGGUCUGUGGUGUUGCAGUACUUUGUCACCAGACUUGUUUUAGUGUGUAUAUAUGUGACCCCUCCCAUGAAGCAUAUAUACACAGGUAUUAAAUAUAUCGCUCUAUAUAAUAUUAUAUGUGUGUGGUAUCGAAGGAAUCUUUUAAAUGAGGGUAAAGGAAAAGGACUCGGGCCAGGAAACGCAGUAUCUCCACAUUAAAUAUGAAGACUUUUAUUUGGGUUAAGGAAAGGGAAAAAAAAAACAAAGAGGGGAGGGUUUUAUAUAGAUAGGUAUAAACUUUGAGGCAGGACAGGCUUCUCUGUUCACGUUUUUGAAACCCCCUAGGAUGUCCUUGCAGUCCCAUCUUGGCGAAAGAGUAUUAUACUGCUAAUUAGCGAGUAAAGUUUUAAUGGUGAGGCUUUGCUUAUAUUAUUUAAAGAGAUUAAAGAGGCAGGAAGCUUCACACUUGACUUGCCAGGCUUGCUUUAUCAAGCCAAGAGGGAUUUUUCCCUUCAGCACGUUUCCACGUCCUUUGAGCAGAAGCGCUCAGCGACAGAUAAACCGUGAAGUGUGGGGCUGCCUCAGUGGGGCACCCACAAGACCUUCUGGUAACUCUUUGUUCAUAUGGGAGAGGAGGGGAAGAAAAAUUUGCAGCACAGGGUUGUCAUUGAAAAGUGUUUUGUAACCUUAGAAGCAAACCUUGUAUCCUGUGCAAUCACCACCCAGAGCAGAGGCCGUUAUUGACAUCAACUUGUUAAAUGCUGAAGGGCUUAGUGAAAAUACUCCUUUCUAAAUCCUUCGGUGUAGGGACAGGGAUUUAAGUGGCGCUGGUGUUGGAGUUAACCUGACCUUUUACAGGGGGAAGUAAAAAGACCAAAAAAUACCCUACUUAGCUUGUGUGAAACCGUAUGUCAAAACCGGAUGGGUUUUAGCAAGUGAAAGGAAAAGGUAGCAAAGGGGAUGCUGCAGUUCUGAGCUGGGUAGUUAUGAUUAUGAGUCCUUUAAUAUGUCUUUGUAUUAAUAUAAUUUAAGAAUACCACGCUUUACUAUUAAAAAAACAAAGAACUUAGUAUCUUUCAUAAGGUCUAGUAUCAGGAUAAUAAUGUAGAUGUUUUAACAACAUUUUUGUUUCUGUUCUUAAAUAAUAAUGAUAAUAAAAAAGAAACGGACGACAAACCAAACUUGCUUCUUUUAGCCUUUGUAAUAGAAAAUAAAAGUGUGCACUUUAAACCCUCUCCUGA